CUGCUCUCUUCUUUACCCGUUAUAACAAUUGAAUUAUAUCCCUUUAAUUUAAAGUUCUACUUUUCCUGUCUCAUCAUCUUUAAAUACAUAAAAGUAGAGUCUCUUUUGAGUUUUCUAUUGCAGAACAGACAAUGAAGAUAAAAUUUCGUCCAGUAUUGAGAAAAUAUUUUGCAUGGAACGAGGCCCAAAGAAGUAAACCAGCCCACAUGGAAAUGGACCUCCGAGAGGAAUAUGCACAUGCCUUUAGAACCGAAUCAUAUACUGAUUUCUGGACACGUGUCCUUGCUUUAGCCGAAAAUAUUUCUUCCCCAACCAAAAUUGUUGGCUCCACUUCAGCGGCUCGGCUUCCCUCUUACCGCCUUUUCGUGGAGCAUCUUUUGGAUCCGGAUCAACCCACAGUCACUCGGAUUCUGGGUUUGAUCCAUACUCAUCGAGAAACUCACUCUAUUCUAUCUGAAUAUUUCUCGCAAACUGCAGAAGCUUCUCUACUUUGUAGUCUAUUGUUAAAAGAUGUGCAACGUACACGCUCUAGAUAUAAGUCACUUAAGUCCGCCCUAGACUCCCUCCAAAAAACACCAUAUUCACCUAAAAGCCACAUGCCCAAGAUCAUGACUCGAUUAACUAAAUUCUGCAACUCCCUUAACCCAUUAGUUUCAUCUACAUCUUCUCCGCUUCGAUUUAAGACCGUUCAAGCUAGCUGCUCCAAAUUACUAAAAAGCAUUGAGCUUAGGCGCAACAAAACCAACGCAAAACUUCAAUUAAUAAAAAAAUUCCAACGAAGCUCAGUCGUAUUUGUCAUGGCUUUGACAAUCUCGCUAACCGUGAUUGUAGCGACUCAUGCACUAGCCCUAAUAGUUGCGGCGCCAACACUAAUGAUAGGCUCGUUCCAGCUAAUGUCGACUAAAAAGCUAGCUCGUUCGUCGGCUCAACUGGACAUAGCCGCUAAAGGUACAUACAUCCUGAUUAGAGACUUGGACACUAUAAGCCGGCUAGUGGGUCGGCUAAAUGAUGAGUUAGAAGACUUGCAAGCCAUAAUUCGAUUCUGGCUGGUGAGAGGCGGAGACCCGGUUCAGCUUCAGCUACAAGCCAGUGGAGAAGUGGCGCGCCAGUUGAAAAAGAAUUAUGCAAACUUUGUGGAGCAAUUGGAUGAAUUAGAAGAACAUUUGUACUUGUGCUUCAUGACUAUCAAUAGGGCCAGAAACCUUGUCAUUACAGAAAUUAUGAAUUGUAGUCCAUAUUUGUUACCCAAAUUAAAGAAUAGUGAUGGGAAUUGAAAUAAUUAUUUAAUUU